AUAUAUAUCCCUUUCCUCUUCCUUCAUCAACAUAUCCAAAGUUUUCCUUUUAGCUUCAAGUUCAACCCUUUGUAUUCUACUUACAUAUCUCAAAUUAUCUUGAAAGGAAAAAACCAGUCUAGACUUACUAGUUUAGUUGUUAUACUAUACGUGCAUCAUGUGCAUGGAAUCGGUUUCUGUACCUAGUGUUGAAAACAAAUCUUAUUUCUCAAGAUUAAGGAAGAGGAUUUCACUCAAAAAGGCAACAACAACAACUAUUACUAGUGAUCGUCUUUCGAUGAGUAAUACUAGUAGCAGAAGUAAUAAUAGUAGCGAGUUAGAGAGGGUAUUUACGUACUUUGACGAGAACGGAGACGGCAAAGUUUCACCUGCUGAGCUAAGGAGGUGUGUGAAGGCAGUAGGAGGCGAACUGACGGUGGAGGAGGCGGAGAUGGCGGUGAGGCUAUCGGAUUCCGAUGGGGAUGGAUUGUUGGGUUUGGAGGAUUUUACGAAGCUAAUGGAAGGAAUGGAAGAGGAGAGGAAUAAGGAGAGUGAGUUGGUUGGAGCAUUUGGAAUGUAUGAAAUGGAGGAGAGUGGCUACAUUACUCCUAAGAGCUUGAAAAGAAUGCUGAGUCGACUCGGUGAGUCAACCUCCAUUGAUAAUUGCAAAGCUAUGAUUCAGAGAUUUGAUAUCAAUGGAGAUGGAGUCCUCAGCUUUGAUGAGUUCAAACUUAUGAUGACAAGUUAACUAGAUUUCAACGCACAAACACUGUAAUUGUACAUGUACAUAAUUCUUUGGCCUUGGGCUUCUUGUUUUUCUUAAUAAAUUAAAAGAUAAAAUUAUCUUGAGCUCAAGUAAUUCUGAUUUAUGGUUUUCCGUUGUUAUU